CAACCCUUAAUAUACCUUUAUACAUUGUACAUGAAAGCAAAGUUAACCAACUUCAUACUAAAAUUAUAAGCCCGUUUGAGAUUCUUUAAGCACAGAAUAGGCUGAAUGAAGAAUUAGCGAGAUUGAUAUCUAAAUUUUGACAAUGGCUAGUUGUGAGCUUGAUUGCAAGGCAAUUCAUGAGUCAUGGGGGAGAUUAAGCACCUUGGUUCGAACCCUCGCGACACGAACAACCCAAAUCCAAAGGAGAGAAAUAAGGGAGACUUAUAAGGCAAUGUAUGGUGAAGAUUUAUUGAGUCAUUUACAAAGGCUUAAGAAAGAGAAAUUAGGCAAUGAAGAGUCAAAAUUUUCAUUUAAGGCAUGUGAGGCCUUGUUUUUUUGGAUGAGUGAACCUUGGGAAAGAGAUGCUUGUUUGGCUAAAGAUGCUCUUGAAGGGAAUGAGAUUGAUUACAAUGCUUUAGUUGAAAUUUUUGUUGCUAAGAAAUCAAGUCAUAUUCUCAUGGUUAAACAAGCUUACCAAACAAGGUAUAAGAGAAAACUUGAUCAAGAUAUUAUUUGCUUAGAGCCUCCACAUCCUUGCCAAAAGAUACUAGUAGCAUUGUCAACAUCCCACAAAGCUGAUGAUGGUGAUCAAGUGAGCCAAGACAUAGCAAAAUGUGAUGCAAUAAGACUCUACCAAAAUGGGGAAGGAACUUCAUCCUCCAUUAAUGAACCUUUCAUUCUUGAAAUCUUAAGUAAAAGAAGUAUUUCUCACCUUAAACUCACCUUUUCUUCCUAUAAGCGCAUCUAUGGCCACAAUUACACCAAGCAACUCAAGAAGGAAAGUUGUACACAAUUUGAGGAUGCCUUAAGAAAUUUAGUUGAAUGCAUUCAAAAUCCUCCCAAAUACUAUGCAAAGGUGUUGCAAAGAAGCAUAAAAGGUGGGAAAAUGAAGAGGGAUUAUUUGACAAGGUUGAUUGUGAGCAGAGCUGCAAUAGAUAUGGAAGAAAUUCAAAAAAUAUUGAGCAAAAAAUACAAGAUUGAGCUUAGAGAUGCAUUAUGUCAAUUGAUUCCUAAGGGGGAUUAUAGAGAUUUCAUGUUAGCGUUAAUUGGUGUCACAUGAUUUACUAUUCUGCUUGAAAAUCAAAAAUCGCAAAUUGAGAAAAUAAUAUUAUAGUUAGUUUUAGAUUAAUUUUUGAAUUAUUUUGAGUGAAUUGCGAAUUUAAAAAAUGAAUCAUGUACGAUGUUGUUGACUCAUAAUUAUUCUGUUAGGAUUCUUAAAUCCUUAUAAUAAUCUAUUCUUAUGUAAAGUAGUAUUAUUAAAUCUCAUGAUAUACCAUGAAAAUUUUGUUUCGCAAAUUUUUGUAUGAGAGGGAUUCACCU